AUGCCUCCGAAAACAGACGCAGAGAAAAAGAAUCUCCCCGUUGUCAACGAUGAUAAAUCAUUGAAUUAUGCUAACUUCAAUCAGCGUAGUACAUCUACUGAUGUAGACUACAUAGUUUUUCUUCUCCAAGAUUUGACUAAGAAGAUCAAUGAAAAUCAGUAUAUCAAGUUCAACGCCGAGCACCAUUUUAAGUUAUUCUUCACCAGAUUACAAGACAGGUUCUCUUUAAAGAACCCAGCCGGCUUAAUUGACGAUGCAGUCAAUUGCUUGACCGCAAUGGCCAGAUAUAUUGAUAUUAACUACUUCGAGCAAUUCUGCAACAAAGUAUACGAAUUCAUCCUCUUAGAUAACCUCAAAGGCGAAACUGGUCUCAUUACAUGCAGAAAUAUCUUUGCCCACUGCAAUGAAUACGAGAAGGAUCGUCUUAAGACCAUGUUCAAGGUAUUCGGAUCAAGCAAAAUCGAUCAAAUCCUUAGUAUGCCGUUCGAAACAAAUAAUAAAUAUAAAUUCCUCCAUUUCAUCAACAGCUUCGCCGUAGUCGUUGAAACCAAGCCAGAGUUAUUCACUGAAGAGGAAAUAGAGCAAAUUGUCGACAAAGCAACAGCCAGAAUCAGUCGUCAUACAGAUGUCAUCCAAAUCGUUGAAGGCUUCUUGGGCAUCAUCAAGAACCUCAGUAAGUUCAUCCAGCCUAACACCCUUAACUACAUUUUCAACGAUUUCGCCAAGAGAGAAGAAAAUAUCAAGAACUUUUCCACAUAUUUAGUCCUUUCCUCCCUUAUCGAGACAGCACCAACCAAAUUGUCCAACUACGUCAAGGAUGUCAUGGAAUUGCUCAUCGAUUACAUUUCUAAGAAUUUCGAUGGUUUAAUGGCCGAAGAUCCAGACGCCACGUUGAUCGCUAACUCCACAAAGAUCCUUAAGUCCAUCGCCAUCCUUGUCAAUACAUUCCCAGCAACAACAAAGCAAUUCGAAGAAAAAUUAUACGAAUUUGCCAUCAACUUCUCUUCCAUUCUCUUCGAAACCAUCUCCGUUGAAGAGGCCGAUGAGUCUGAUGAGGAAGAUAUCGACGACGACGAAAUUUUCGGCGAUGCAAAUCUCGAAGUCACAGCUCUCGAUGCCGGAUCGAACGAAAUGUCAUCUAACAAGGGAUCCAAGAUCAGAGCCGUCAGUUUCGAGCUCUUACAGGCCCUUCUCAAUCAAGAUAAGUCAAAUUAUAUUUCAUACAUUGCCGGAUCACCAGAUAUCCUCGAAAAUGCCAUCAUCGAUAUCGAUCCUGUUGUCGAACUCGAAGCCUUCAAGCUCUUACUCCAAACAGAGAUGAUCAUCAACUCCGGAAUCCAAGUUCCGAAAGAGUUAUCCGACGAAUUACCACAAAUCCACGAGAACAUGUUGAAUGCAGUCAGAUUCGCUACAUCCAACGUCCACUUCGCCAACAUUGUUGAAAUUUCCGCCAAAAUCGUUCCAUAUCUCCAAGAUUUCGACGAAGAUUUCGCAUUGAAGUUCCUCGAUGGUGCUCUCCAGCACUUUGGCGAUGAAAGUUCCCGCCAAGUCUGCACUCUCAUUGUUGCCAUUUCACAGCGUUGUCUCACAGAGAACAUUGUCAAUGCUAUCAGCAUCUUUGUUGAGAAUGCCGAUGAAUUCAAGAACUACAGCAUUCUUCCAAUCAUUUCCAUGUUCGAGUCUGUUUUGAUCAUGAAACCGACAUACAACGAAGAACUCGCAAGCAUCGCAGAGUUCUUGAUUUCUAAGGAAGAAUCUAAAGAACUCUUUGUCAAUUCGAUCAACGCAUUGGCAAUUUUCGCAGUUCUUUACAGCGAAGAAGAAAUAACAAAGACAAUUGUCGAAUUAUUUGUCAAAUCACUUGGAAACAUGUUUGCAAUGCUUAGAUUGAGUGGUGCAUUCACAUUAAUUGCAUCAACAAAGCCAGAACUCCUUCAGCCACAUGCAAAACAGUUGUCUGAAUUCAUCAUCAACUGCUUGAAACAGAAAUCAGACACAGGUGUUCACAUGAGAGGUUUAUAUGCAUUUGAAUACUGUGGAAAGAUAAAUGGCUUCGAAACAUCCAAAGUGACAACACAAGCCAUCGAAUCCAUUACAAGUAACGAUGCACAGAUCAGAUCUCUCGCAUUGAAGAAUGUCUUGAAAUACAAGGAAGAAUCAAUGAACAACGCUAUCCAUAACUCAAUCAAAGAAGCUCUUACAAAACCAAACAACAAGAACUUCUUAGAAUCAGCAAGCGAGUUUUACUUCGGCUGCCAGUCACAGAACUAUUUCGAUGAACUCAUCAAAUUGGCACCAGCUGAUUUACCAGUUGUCAUCGGAAAGGCUCUCUCAGAGCAAUCGGCUGAGCAGUUCAUUGGAAAGGAUGAUUCCCUUUCAAUCAGAAUCCUCGGUUACUACGCAUUGAAGGCAGAUAUUUCCAACAACAGCAAACUUGUCGACCAUUUAUUUGGAUUGACAGCACAGAACUCAGAGAACUCAAUCGCUGCUUCUUAUUCCAUUGGUUUGGCUGCUGUUAAAUCUGCUUCUAUCCUUAACAAACUCAUUUCUCAGUCAAAGGAUGCAAACACAAGACAGUCAGCACUCACUGCUUUGGCUGCUUUCGCUGAACAUGUUUCUGAAUCUAAAGUUGAUGACAAGUUAUUGGAAGAAAUCUUCGGAUUCUUCAAAGGAUUCAAUGAUAACGACAAGAACGCAAGAACAUGCUCACAAUCCAUCUCUUACAUCAUUGAAGUUUCUGAUGCAAUCUUGGAGAAAAUCUUCGAAUUCCCAUCACAAAUCACUUUCCACGCUUUGGCUCUUUACUUCCCAAGAAUCAAAUGCGAGAAGAAGGCAUCACAAGUUGUCGAGAAGGCCCUCAAACACAUCAAUCCAGAGAAGCCUCUCUUGACAGCACACAUCCUUUCCGUUUUGGUAGAAAACGCCAAAUUGGAAGGCGGCGAAAAAGUCAUCAUCGACAAUUUCGCAAAGAUCGAAUCAUGCGCUAAAUUCAACAACUCCCACAUCGAAGAACAAACAGUUGGUGACAUGCUCUUGAAGAUCGAUGUCGGCCAGCACAUGAGAGCAACAGCUGUUUCGUUACUUACUAUUGUUGUUGACAAGGCUGCUGAUUACGAGUUCGCAAAGAGAUUCACAGACAUCACUUGCAUGGCACUCGCAGAUCCAAAGCCAGAUGUAUCAAUCAAGGCAAUCACAUUGCUCAAGAGAUUGGCUUUCGUCAAUGGAAUCGCUUUGCAAGAGGCUGAAGACGACAAACCAUUCAAGGCUUUGUUGUCCCUCGAGAAGAACUUGAUGUCACAGGCUGACCAGAAGGAUGUACUCGAUCAAUCAAUUAAGUUGGAAAAGGCACAGAUCGAGAACUACGUAAUUGACGCAACAGCUGCUUUGGCAAUCGCUCACGUCAACUCUCAGGAAUUCAAGGAAUUCAAGACAAGAUUCGAUGACAGCGAUGAGUUCCAGCAGGCUCUCAACGAAGAGAAGUCCCUCAAGUUACAGUCUGCUGCUAAGGAAUCCUCUGCUUUAUACAAGUUCAUGACAGAGUUCGCUCCAGAAAUCGCUUUGAUUUUUAAGGAUUAA